AGUGUUCUUGACUUACUUUGACGCUACCUCCAUCUGUACCGUGUUAUACUCUGGCAGACACAACUGCUUGAUAUACUGCAGUCCUUUUGUUUCAUUGAAAUAUUUGCGCUGGACCGUGGCAACGUUGGAGUGGGUGAACUGUUCGUUGACCAUCUUGAAGAGUUUUGUCAUGUUGCCAUUCUCACAGGCGGUGUUGGGCAUCAAAAUCUGGAAUCAGACGAAAUGGGCAUUACAAUUUGUCGAAAUAUGGAAUUACUCAGCCAAAUGGGCCUUUCUCCACAUAGAUGCUAUACAGUGUUUUACAUUGGGCAGUGCAUUCCAAUCAUCUUUUAUUCUGACUGCGACAUAAUCUGCGUAACUCCAGGCCAAUUGACAUGAACUCUGUUUUCAGCUAUAGAUUAGUGAUCGAGUUACUUUCAAACAUCAACUUCUGUAAUUCAUAUUUCCCUCCAUAGAAACUUAGCUCGGGGUGUAUUUUUAGAACACUGACCCAGAUUUACAGUGUCAGGCAGCCGGUUCAGUAAAUCAAUACAUUGAUUCGCUGGGUGUUGUUUGGUUGUGACAAUACAACGGGCAAGUUCAGACACUAUGAUGAGAGUUUCAUCUUGUCUUGUUGACAGCAAGAGCAGACGGAUCGAGUUAGUUUGACUGAGCAGAGAUGGCCACCCCUCCGGAGAGUAAGAGGAGGAAGUAUGAUGGGGUUGAAUCUGGGAUGAAAGCUUUGAGAGAUGCUCUUGAGGAGAGAGGAGAGGUGCUGAGGCCGGCUGAACAACUGGAGACGAAGCUAACCGUGUGGAGCUCAAUAUGCAGACAGUUGGUUGAGAAGAAGAAUGCCUUGAUCAAAGAGAUCAACAAUCAUGCCACCAACCUGCCAAAUCAGGAUGAAGUUUUGGAAAGAUAUGAAGAUGAAAUCAAGGAAUGGCAGGCCGAUAGGCAGGCAGAGAUAGAGCAGGAGUUUGACGUCUCUGAAACCAUGGCAAAGGCAGACGAAGCAUUGAAGGUGAUCUCGGAUAUCGUCCAAAAGGAACGAGAAAAUCCUGCGGUCAUACAUGCCAAGGAGCUUUUAGAUACUGUUGAACCUGAUGACUUGUUUUCGGAUCAAUUUCCGGCACAACUAGCCAAGGGAGAAUUGGAUCUAAAAAUCAUGUCGUCUUGGAAGGAUCUUGUUGAGGACACUGUCACUCAAGCAGUCGCUUGUUUAGAUUUUGAACAAUUCCAUGAUCAGCUCUAUGCCCUACAUCAUAUGGAAUUCGAAUUCGUUGAUCUUGAACCGGAAUUAGAGAGAGAAUAUCCAAACUUCGGAGAGUUCAGACGAGAUUGGGACACACAACCAAAGGAAAUCUUCAAAAUAAAGUUACCAGUCAGCGAUGAAGCUACGAUGUACAUUCCAUGUGUCGUCGACUUGGGGGAGCUGGUGGCAGUGGUGCGUCCAACGGCAGAGGAGGAGGAGUCUGGAUAUAUUGACUUUUACAAAUUGACCACAAAGAUCCAAAUGGUGCAAGAGGUCGUCCUCACGAUGGAAUUUGUUCCUCCAAUAUUAGACAUGGCGGCCACGCCUGAAGGUCACCUCGCCAUUCUUGGAGGUCAUGAUGGCGAUGGUUGUGACUUUGGUAUCACGGUGACUAGUAUUGAUCCGGAGACUUGUAACGGUGAGACUUUCUGCAGGUUUCCUCUUAAGAUGGAGAAACCGAUCUCACUGUGUGUUACUCUGUUCCAUCAGUUUGUUGUCCUCUGUGAGACGAGUGGGAAGACAGAACAAGACGAGUCUCAGAAACAGAUCGUUGUCCUAGAUAAAGACGGGGUUGUCCAACAUAAACAUGUCGUCCCAGAGGAUGAAUGUCCUGAGGCAGGUUACAUCACACGUGGCGGAAGGUUUAUUUUCCUAAUGCCUGGUGGUUCUUAUGAUAACCCAACCGAUGACGUGUGCAUAUACGAGAUACAGGGCCAUGGGAUUAAACUAGUGAAAACAUUGACAGAUAUCCUUGCUGGGACCAAACAGCCGACAUGGCCCUGUUUCCUCAGCUUCUCAGCCACUUUAUGGGACGAUUUGUACAUCACAUCCACUCAUAAUGAUGAGCUGUUUCUGGGCAAAUGUGUUAAGGCUAAGGGGGAGGCAUUGGAAUGGACUCUCCCAGGACACAAAGAAGCCUUGCAUAAAGUCACUUCAAAUCCUCUCCUCCCCAUCGAGAGAAAGGUUUGUAUCUCGGCAAGAAAUGGUUAUCUCAUUCUGACCAAUGGUCAAACGAUCAGAAGAUACAGACAAUAUCUCAUUAGUUAAAUUUCAACUCUGGACCAAAAUAAGUGUCCUGAUAAUGACAGAUCAGAGUUCAAUCAGGGAGGUUCCAAUCUAUGUAUUCCGUACUAAGUGUAAGUGCAGCUGCCCACAGCAUUACUUAUUAGUGUGUUUUAGCAACUUAUUCAUUCAUCAUGUCAUAUUGUCAUAUUAUACAUUACACAUGUCACAUAGCACAGCCAGGCACUUACCUCCAGAGGUUGUAGAAUCUGUAGUUUUGUUGUAACCUUGACAUAAGUCUGACUGUCAGAGAACUGAGACAGCAUCAGUAUUGGAUGCUUUAGGUCAAUGCUGGCGAUGCCUAUCUCACCUCUUGCAAGGCCACGUCCUUCCACAAUGGCUGGAAAAGAUUGUAAAGCUUGAAUUAUACUGUAAAAUAGC